CCUUUAGCCCUUAUCAUACCCCCAUUACCUCCCCAUCCCUAUUAUGCUCCCACCAUCCCUUAUAUCCCCUCCAUCCACCAUUGCUCUUUCCUCCCUUCCCCUCUCCAUUACCCUCUCUUCCUUAUUCCCUCUCCAUUACCCUCUCUUGUUUUCCCCCUCCAGCCCCCUUAUUCCUCUCUGUUGCUCUCCCAUCCCUGUUAUACUCCCCAUGAUCCCCUCCACCCCAGAUUGCACACCAAGACCCCAACCUUAUCAGCCCUUCCUUCCUGGGGCUGCUGUUCUGCCCUCCAGGAGUCAAGGAGCCCAUUUUUGUGACAGGGAGGUGUUGAGGACCCACCUCCUGCUUGUCCUUCAGUUCAGAGACAUCCAGGUUGGGCACCUGGGUCUGGGGAGCAGAGUUGCACAGAAUGGCUUUGACUGGAAGGGACCUUAAAGCCAAUCCAUCCCCUUUCACAUGUAGGGAUGCCUCCCAUCACAUCAGGCUGCUCAAACCCCAUCCAGCCUUUCCCUGAGCAUCUCUAUAGAUGGAGCAGUCCACACCAAGGCCUUUUUUUGUUGCAGGGUGCCAAGGCAUUGGCUCUUUCCUUGAUGGCCAACACCUCUGUCAUCUCGUUAGACCUGGGUGACAAUUGGCUGCUGGGAGAAGGAACAGCUGCAAUAGCAGAAAUGCUGAAAGAAAACUGCUCCAUUUCAGCUGUCGAUUUAUCUGACAACAAAAUGGGCAUUGAAGGAGCUAAGGCCAUUUCUGCCAUGCUUCUACAAAAUACUACAGUUCAGGUCCUCGGCCUCUCAGGAAAUGAGUUUGAUGACCACGCAGCAAAGUAUUUAGCAGAUGCCAUCACAGCAAACAGCAAAGUGGAAGUCCUGGAUUUGAGUUAUAACAAGUUGGGUGACAAAGCAGGUGAAGUUCUUGGAGCAGCAAUAGCAGAAAACAUUGGAUUAAAGGAACUGAAAAUCAGCUGGAACCAUUUCCGCAGCGAGGGGGGAGCUGCUUUGGCCAAAGGCGUGGGGGCAAACGUGUUCCUCAAGGUGCUGGAUGUUUCCUACAAUGGCUUUGGCAACAGUGGAGCAGCUGCCUUGGGAGAGGCUCUGCGAGCCAACAACGUGCUGGAGGAGCUCAAUGUAAGCAAUAAUCGUAUUUCAGUGGAAGGAGCUCUGCGACUUGCAGCCGGCCUGAGAGCAAACAAGACUCUGAAGAUCCUUAAGAUGAGCAGAAAUCCCAUGCAGAACAAAGGAUGCUGUGGGAUCCUCAAAGCUCUACAGGCAAAUUCUGGCACUGGGAUGGAGAUCCUGGACCUGCCUGACAUUGCAUGGAGCAAAGAGUUGGCAGAGCUUUGUGAGGCUGUGCAAAGACUUCUCCCAAACCUUCACCUGCGACGUGGUGGAAGCAUGAAAUUGCAGAGGAAAAGUCUGUUGGCGGUCGAGCUUUGGCCUCAGCCCAAAGUGUUGGGUAAUUCCCAUAACGCUGUGCCUUAAUGUGAGUCCCUUUGAGGCUGCUGUCUGUCUGCUCACCUUGCUGCACAUUCCAGCAGGAGCUUCCCCGUGGAUGGUGGGCACAGGGCUGGGGGUCACCACGUGCCAUAGGAUGCCACAGGGUAGCUCAGGAGUGCAGUGUGCUUACCUAGCAAGUAAUGCCUGUCCAGAGCUGUUCUAUGCACAGAUGUUUGCUGUCUUCAGCUGCCCUGCAAACAGCCAGCCUUGCCUUUGCUGGACUGGCUGUUGGAUGCAGUGGUGACUCAUUUUCAGCUGCUUUCUUCCCCAGCUCCUUGGCUUUGUGAGGAGCUCAAACUCCCCAGGGUGCAGACCCCAUCUUAGGUCACGCCUGGUGUUAUUUCCUGGAUGCACGCUCCUCCUUUUUUGAGUUUCACAUGCUACAAGCUGCCUGGAAACAGGACAGGCACUCAGCAGUGAUUCAGCACUGACAGCAGCACGUGGCUUUAACCCUUUCCCUCUCCUUGCAAUGUGUCUGCCAUCACCCAGCAGCACCAAAGGCAUCCUCUGUGUGCUGCUGGGGAGAAAAGAACUCUAUGCCAUUACAUGGAUCAAAAUAAAUAACACCUGUGCCCAUGAUUCCACUAUUCAAACCAUUCCGAGAGGUCUCUUGCAUGUUUUAAGCUCUGUAAAUACAGGUUGUUGGCAUUACUGAUCAUUUCCCCUUUGUUACUGGGGCAGCUUUUGUUUUGAUUAGGCUUUGCUUGCAGCUUUACUCCUCUCCACCUCAUUGCAGCCCAGCAGCCUGUCUCCUUGCAGCACUCCUGGUCUGCUCUGAUUGCUUCUGGCAGGUGAACCUUCAUGUUCCCAGCAGACUCAUGGGCCCCUUCCACGUGAACCAGCUCUGAUGCAAGUCAUGCUGGUGAGCACAAAAUGCUCAGCUACUAAUAAGGAUCAUUUGGGGCAGGGCUGGAGCAGAGCACCCUGCAGCACGACUCCAAGCUGCUCCACCAGCACAGAGGAAUGCUUUUGUGAGUGCUUUCACCUCUAUUGCAAUACCCAGCCUGAUUUCCCCAUGCAGGGGAUGAGGGAAUGCAUUCACCUGGAGGUGAUGUGCCAAUUUUCAACGUCCUGCCUUUUUCAGGGAAGGAGGAGAUUAAUUGCUGCUGGGGAUGAGCACAGUGCUUACCUCAUCCUCAGGCUGUGUGCAUAGGAGGAUGGGAGGCUCACGUGGGAAAGAUGAGCGAUCGCUUGCAGCUCCUCUAUGCGGGGGGGGUGGCAGGUGGCAAAGAACCACAGGGUUGGAAAAGACCCCAAAGCCCAGUGCUGCAGCACUCCCCAUUGCAGUGGGGAUGCUCACCCAUGCAGCAGCCCCAUGCAGAGCCUGGCCCACAGUACGUGUGAGCUGCCCGUGACCUCCAAAGCCGUGUCAGUUUUCCAGAGCCCUUAUACCGCUCUGACCUACAUACUCACCCUGCAGCACUGCAAUUAGACUGAUCUCCACGCAAUCCAGCCGGGGCUGAUUAGAUCACUUCCAUGAGCCCCAGAAAAAAAGGCUGUUUCUUUUAAGGGACAAAUCAUUGUUAGGAUUGCUCCUUGGUUAGCUGUGGCUACUGAGAAAAUAAAUGGCUUUGAGCA